UCCAUAAACAGUCUGCAGAGGGAACGCUGCACCGUGCGCAUUCAUUACGCGUCAACAUGGAAGAAAUCCUGGCACCUUUAAGGGAGGCUGUGAAGAAACAGGGUGACUUGGUGCAGCAGCUGAAAGAGAAAGGUGCCUCUGAGCAGGAACUGAGCAAAGCUGUGGCAGAACUGAAAGCCCGAAAAAAGAUUCUUGAAGCAAAGGAAUUGUCUCUGCAGCCCAAAAAUGACACAGUGGAUAGGGUGAAGAUGGAGGACACCUUAAAGAGGAGAUUCUUCUACGAUCAGGCUUUUGCUAUUUAUGGAGGUGUGAGUGGUCUGUAUGACUUCGGUCCCGUGGGUUGUGCUCUGAAGAACAACAUCCUGCAGGUAUGGAGGCAGCACUUCAUCCAGGAGGAGCAGAUCCUGGAGAUAGACUGCACCAUGCUGACCCCAGAGCCAGUCCUCAAGACAUCAGGACAUGUGGAUAAAUUUGCCGACUACAUGGUAAAAGAUGCCAAAACUGGAGAAUGCUACCGUGCUGAUCACCUCCUCAAAGCGCACUUAAAAAAACUGAUGUCUGAUGAGAAAUGCUCAGUGGAGAAAGUGGCCGAGAUGGAAGAUGUAAUCACUCAGAUGGAUAACUACUCCCGGGAGCAGCUGGCUGCUCUGUUUGUGAAAUACAACGUUAAGUCACCCUCCACGGGAAACGACCUCACGCCUCCUACCUCCUUCAACCUGAUGUUUCAGACGUCCAUCGGCCCAGGAGGCAAUAUGCCCGGCUAUCUGAGGCCUGAAACAGCUCAGGGAAUGUUCCUGAACUUCAAACGCCUUCUGGAGUUCAACCAGGGGAAGCUUCCUUUCGGUGCUGCUCAGAUUGGAAACUCCUUCAGGAAUGAAAUCUCUCCUCGUUCUGGACUCAUUCGUGUUAGGGAGUUCACCAUGGCUGAGAUUGAGCAUUUCGUGGACCCAAAUGAGAAGGUCCAUCCUAAAUUCUCAAACGUAGCCGACCUGGAGAUCACAUUGUUUUCCUCAAAGGCCCAGACCAGUGGUCAGUCUGCACAGGUCGUGAGGCUGGGGGAUGCAGUGGAGCAGGGAGUGAUCAACAAUUCAGUACUGGGUUACUUCAUCGGAAGAAUAUACCUGUAUCUGGUUAAAGUGGGUCUGUCCAAAGAUAAAGUACGCUUCCGUCAGCACAUGGAAAAUGAGAUGGCUCACUAUGCAUGUGACUGCUGGGACGCCGAGUCCUUAACCUCCUAUGGCUGGAUUGAGAUUGUGGGCUGUGCUGACCGCUCCUGCUAUGACCUGUCCUGCCACUCAAGAGCCACCAGGGUCCCUCUAGUGGCCGAGAAGCCCCUCAAAGAACCCAAAACAAUAAAUAUCACUCAGUUUGAGCCCAACAAAGGAGCCAUAGGACGGGCCUACAAGACCGACUCUAAGCUGGUCCUGGAGUAUCUUGCGGCCUGUGAUGAAUGUUACAUCAGCGAGCAGGAGAAGCGUCUCAGUACAGCUGGAGAGUUCAGCUUCGACGUAGAUGACAAAACCUUUACUCUGUCCAAAGACAUGGUCGGUGUGAAGAGGUUCCAGAAGACUGUGCAUGUGGAGGAGAUUGUCCCCAAUGUAAUCGAGCCUUCAUUUGGCAUUGGGCGAAUCAUGUACUCCAUCUUCGAGCACUCAUUCCGUAUCCGGCAGGGAGAUGAACAGAGGACGUAUUUCAGUUUCCCUGCCACUGUAGCUCCAUACAAAUGCUCCAUCCUUCCUCUGAGCCAGAACCAGGAGUUUAUGCCAUUUGUUCAUCAUUUAUCUGGGGAGCUGACUAAAAAUGGCGUGUCUCAUAAAGUGGACAACUCCUCUGGAUCCAUCGGGAGGCGCUACGCCAGGACAGAUGAGAUCGGAGUGGCCUUUGGCAUCACCAUUGAUUUUGACACAGUGAAUAAGACGCCUCACACGGCUACUCUGAGAGACCGUGACUCCAUGAGGCAGAUCAGAGCUGAGGUUGCUGAGUUACCAGAUCUGGUUCGAGAUCUGGCUAACGGGGCUGUGACGUGGGCUGAGGUGGAGCACAAGUACCCCAUCUUUGAAGGACAGGAGACCAGCAGGAAGGAGUAACCUAACCAAGGACCUCCCCUCUACAAACACAAAGACCUCCUAUUUAACUACAUGUAUUAUUUUUACAAACUGGAAAAAGCUGCAUAUUUUCAUUUUUAUGGAUUAAAUUGUCUCAUUAGGUAUUAUGUAUUCUACAGGUGUGCUUUCACAUGAUGGAUUCGUUAUCUGGAGACUUCAAUGUAUCAUAUAGGCCAGGGUUUCUCAACCUUUUCUGAACCACACCACAGCAUCAUGAGCCUACUGGUGCCUCCCCCCCCCCCCCCCCCCCCCGUGCCUGAAAAAAUUUGUGGGACAGGAGGGGAUAG